GAAAUGUGCCCCCUUGUCCAGUUGGGAAAUGGUCAAAUACCAGCUUUCCUCCUUGUAAAGACCCUUUUCCUCUGCUGGAAUCACCGCCACUAAUCAGUGGACCAGAAAUACAAGGCAACAAUUCAUUUGGCUUCAUCUGUGAGGUUGUUUGUGACGAGGAUGAUCCCGACCAAAGAUUUGAAGUUGCCUGGACGUUCAAUGUAUUGGAAGUGGUGUGGGCAUUUGAUGGUCAGCAAGACACCUCACUGCCGUCUCAGAUCAUCAGUGGUGCUAAUCGAAGUGCAAUCUUGGAUGGAUCCUAUCUUAAAGGCCAUUUAAACACCAUGGUUGGUACAUCUAUAAUUUCUUAA